AUGUCUUCCCCAGGGAAUUCAGGCGUGGCUAUAGAUUCUACCGUUCUGAAAGCAAUUGAAUUAGGAACGAGGCUUUUUAAAUCUGGAGAAUAUUUGCAAGCGAAAAGGAUAUUCACAAAUGCUUUGAGAGUAUGUGAUUCUUAUUCUCAGGAGCAGAUUAUGCGCAUUAGGAACGCGUAUCAAUUAGAUACUGCGAGACCGGAUAACAAACGAUUAUAUCAUCCUAGAUACAUAAAGAUAUUGGAUAACAUCUGUGCGUGCUACGAAAAAUUGAAUGAUUUGAAAUCUUGUUUGGACGUAUCACAAAGGUUACUUAAGUUAGAACCAGGUAAUAUCAAAUGCUAUAUACGAUGUACAAGGACGUUGAUAAAAUUAAAAGACUGGAAAAGGGCAUAUAAAACAUGUUCUCGUGGACUGCAAUUAUGCAAUAACGAUAGCAAUCAUCUAAGACAACAAAAACAAUUCAUUAAAAAUAACAUGGUUCAAAAACAGGACGGCAAGAGAAGUUAUAUAGAUCCAUUAGAGGAGACCAAAAUAGCAAAAAAAAAAAAGAAUAAUAAUGUUCUAGAAUCGUUACCAAAGAAGAAGAUUAAAGGUAGUACCAAGAAAACUGAUUUAGUUGGCAAUUUGCCGAUAGAAAUACUACCUAUCAUAUUCCAAAGGUUUACCACUAAGGAGCUUGUUACGUUGUCGCUAGUUUGUAACAAAUGGAGGGACAAAAUUUUGUAUCAUUUAGACUGCUUCCAAGAAUUCAACUUGGCACCAAUAAAUUUUAAAAAUUUUGUAAAGUUUAUGGAUUUUUUACAACAGAAUUUCACCAGGACGUAUAGAAAAUAUAUUCUUUCACAAGUAAAAGUCAGUUCUAGAAUCACUUCGGAAGAGUUACGAAUAACUCAAUUAUUAUUCAGUAAAAUGCCGAAAUGUAUAAACAUCGAACGGCUUAUACUGUCAAUGCCAACACUAACUACAACACAAAUCUUUAAGUUAAUGGUUAGAGGAGGCACAGAUUUUUUUACAAGGCUGCUGGAAUUAUCUCUCAUGAUAACUUAUAGGCCUGAUAAACAACAUGAAUUGGAGAUACUGCAGACUUGUCCUCUGUUGAAAAAAAUAGAAUUAAUUUUUGUCAAUUCACUGGUACCAAUUUUCGACGGAAAUAAUAGCGUUGGGAGGGAUGGAAGUUUCAAUGUGAUGGCCCGUCAUACUAAUAUGCAGAUAUCCACUGCGGAUAAUGAUGAACAGGGAAUAGUAGAAGAAAAGGUGAUUUAUAGUGAGCUAGAGAAGAUAACAUUGAUAUGUGAUAAGAAGAAAAUUAAGAAUUUUCCACUUUGUCGUGCUCUAUUAAGAGGCCAGUUUCCUCUAUUGCAGAAACUGACGAUAACUGGUGUAACAUUUCCUAUGAAUAAUCAAGACAUAAUGAAUUUUCAAUGGCUAUUGAACUUCCCAGACCUAAAAGAACUAUGGAUAGAAGAUAACGACAACUGUGAACUCAGUAAGUUUUUGCAAUUGUUAAAAUUUUCGAAUGUCUGGAAAAACUUGGAAAAGUUAACCUUUAGAGAGAACAAGCUAUAUCCAAUUGUUAAUUUGGAUGAAGAUCAGCCUGUUACGAAUGACGACGAGGUGCCAUCCAUGCUAUUUUACAAGGAAAAUCUCCAAAACCUGGAAAAGUUGGAUCUAAUGGGGACAUCGAUAAGUGGUUCUGCGUUGACUAGAUUAUGCGAGCAGGAAUACUUGGAUGGUCGGAAAUUAAGAAGUUUAAACAUUGGGAAUUGCCCCAACAUCCAGUUCCCAAAUAAUCACGCUCAUACAGCAAGGAUGAUACUGGAUGUGAAUGCAGUUUUGAAGAGACUCUCCAAGUUGGAAGAAAUAAAUUUAUCGCAUCUCAGCUCCUUGAAUGAUAGUACGAUGAAGUCAUUCAUUAUUAAUGUACCAUUUUUGGAAAAUUUAAAGAGGCUUGACAUUUCGCACAAUUUUGAAAUUACAGGAAUAUCAAUAUAUGAAUUUCUAAAAAAAUUUCAGAUGGAUCAUGACAACGAAGCGGGAGGUCAACCACUGGCAUAUUUAAAUAUUGACGGAUGUUCCCAAGUGUCUCAUAUCACAGUUAAUAUGAUCCGAGCGCAGAACUUAGUUACUCAAGUGGAUUGUGUUUAUGAAAGAGAUGUAUGGAGAAAAUUUGGAAUUAAUUCAUAUUCAUACUCAUAG